AUGUCGGCGGCGGCGGCGGCGUGCUGGCUGGCGGCCGUGCUGUGGGGCGGCGCGGCGCUGCCGCCGGCGCGCGGCUACGUGGUGCUCAGCUCCGUGUCCUGGCCGCUGCCCGAGGGCGACGGGCCGGCGGGCGACGAGCUGCACAGCGCCUCCACCGAGGAGGCGCUGCCCGCGCUGCUGGAGGAGGCGGGCAGCCUCUGGAAGCAGAGCUACCCGGCCUCGGCGUACCGCGAGCACGCGGAGCUGGGCGCGGGGCCGGCGGCGCGGCGGGCGGCGCGGGCCGCCUCGCCCUCGCGCAUGUUCUCCUACCGGCGGGAGAGCGCCGCGCCGCCGCCGCCUCCCGGGCCCGAGCGCGCCGCCGCCGCCCGCGCCCGCCGCCUCGCCCGCCACAGCACCUGGGGCUUCGUGGCCACGCAGGCGGCGCAAGGCAAGGUCCAAGGAAUGCCCUAUGGGAACUGUCUACUUGUCAGCGAUGGUCCCAUCCAUAACAGCACUGGAAUCCCUUUCUUUUAUGUGACACCAAAGGAUAAGACUGUGGCAGACCUGCUGAAGAAUCCCGUGGCUUCUCUGACCCUGCCAGAGGUGGACGGCAAUUUCUGCAGAAAAAAUGUAGUUGAUCCCGAGGAUCCGAGGUGCACCAGGCUGACUCUCACAGGACAGAUGGUCACCGUGGCUCCGGAGGAAGUGGAGUUUGCCAAGCAAGCAAUGUUUUCUCGGCACCCAGUGAUAAGAAAGUGGCCUCGUAACUAUGAGUGGUUCUUCUUGAAAAUGAACAUUGAGCACAUUUGGCUUCAAAACUGGUAUGGAGAAGUUUCUACCAUUACAGUGGAAGAGUAUUUAAAAGCAAUUCCAAGUAAAGCAUGAUUGAAUAGGCUUUGAAACACAGGUCUUCGGAGUUUCCAAACACUUUCAUGCUGGAUGUUUGCUUUACAGUGAUUUUUUUUGGAAAGUAUUCAAACUAUCUCUGUCUUACAUGGGACAGUGUGAAAAUAAACCAGUGUAGACUUCGAAAUUACGAAGAAGAGGUGAAUAGUAACCCUAACCUGCAAAUACAAAUAUGUCAUGUUCAAGCAUCUUGAACAUCACUUAAAAAUGUUUUGUGUCUGUUUGUUUUGACUUUUAUUGCUGCACACCCACAUGGAAAUUGUAGCAUGUGCUAAAUAUAAUGUUCUGAUUUACAGAAAAGUGAAUUGCCUAUUCAAAACAUUCUGUAUAUUGUGGAAAUAUUAUUGAUGCUUGCUCUCUUGUGUUUUGUAGGCAUUCUAAGCUAAUUCCAAUAGCUACCAGUUCAGAUAUCUAAGUUAAAAUAUUUUAAUAAAGGUGUCCUUAUUUCCUACAUGUACUUUUCCCUAACCAUCUAAUUGGAUAUUUAAUUAGAGAAUUGAAUAGAGAGGCUGGUGGUACAAUAACCACUUCCCAUCACAGCCUUAGUAGAAAAAUCUGCAAGCCRCCCGACCGGCACGACUCUGGUACAGCCUGUCUCCUGCUGACGCAAAGCUGGUUAAACUGGUAAGGUCCAAACAACAAAGCAGCCCCACAAGGAUUAUCCCAAUACAAGCACAAACAUUACUGGAAUAAACAAAUAAAUAAAUGCGCUCAACUAGCCUACUGUAGAUUAUGAGACAGGAAAGGUAGUUUUCACAGUCUACAGUCCCAAGUUUUUUACUUCCUAUCUUCAGCUACUGUUUUGUUUUUAACUAAUAUAUUUUAUUUUUAACUCAACUUUAACUUUGUGCAAUUGACUUUUGYAAAGCAUCACUAACUCAUUUUAAAGGGUGCAGCUAGUCUCUUAAAUCUGUUUUCUCACUAAGUUUAAAGAGAUCCUCCUGAUUUUUUUUUAUAAAGAAGCCUAGAUAGUUCAGUCCAUCUAAAACUCGCUUUCUUAGUGCAGACAGUGCAAAUUUCAUUGCUACCCAUUAUGUACUAGCACUUUUCACUAUAAUAUUAAGAUACUUCAGAGGUCUUUUAUUAGUCUUUGACUCUUUCUCUAAGCAUUAAAAUUAUUCUGUAGCUUCUCAGGGUAUCCCAGUUAAAAAAGAGCCCACGGCUUAACUGGAUAAUUCAUUGUCCAGUCUGCAAAUUAKACAAUUGUCCUCCCUCUAGAAUUCAAAACAGGGCAAAUCUAGAUGGGUUUUGAGUGCCCAGCAGAAAUGCACAAGUCUUCCCGCAUCACUGGGAGGAGAGGGGAGCUCUUGCGAGCACCCUCUGCCRGGACAACAGGCUGCUUUAGCUAUCAGGGGUCACUUAGACCUCGGGCUCCUGGCAUUGCUACUGGUAAUACUCCAGGACUCUCUAAGAACUGCAAUAUAACUGGUGGUGGAGAAGUGUUGGCUUGGACACUUGCUAAGCAUGUUUUGUCUUGUCUGACUUCCAGUGAGCCUGCUAACAGCGCUGAUCUUCUGUAGAGGUAACCACAAAAAMCAGGAAGUGUCGGGCCUGAAUGUGGUUCCUUUUUUUCUUGUCAGCAUUUUCCCAUAUGAGUAUGGCCCCAAAAUUGUAGUACAACAAAACAACCUACAACAAAGUACAACAACAAGUGACAGAGCCUAUGUMACUUUAUAGAAUACUAGUAAGUGAAAUCCUCUUGGAUUCUUAUUAUUUUACAAUGGAGAUGUUUGUCCACUGUGGAUUUGAUUCUGUCUCCAUUAAUAUUAAUGGGACUUUUGCAGUAGGUAGAAUACUAGACCCAAUAAAAGAAUCUCCACAGGUCUGAAGUACAAAUUUAUGUGCAAUUUCAAUCACAUGUUGUCCUAGUUCACUAUUAUUUGCAGAAAAACCUGAAAUGUUCAUAUUCUUCUUCUCUCACACACAUAAACCUGCUUAAUGUUUAAACAAGCUGAAGAAGGGAAUAAAAUUUUUAGAAAUGUUCUUUUUGCUAAACUGUCAUUUUAACUCACAUAUCUGGAUAGCCUGGAAACAAUGAUAGGGCCCUACCAGGUAGUAUCCAUUACUUAUUAACAGUCUGGCCUUAAAGUAGUAAGGGUCAGUAUUAACAAUAGUUAGUAGAGCUUUAACC